GAGGAGUCUAUCAAAGGUACAAUGGGGGGGUCCAUUCUCACAUUAUUUUGAGAGAAAAGCCAAAGAGGCUAUCUCUUCACUCACCCACCCCAUAAUUUCGACCAAGGCACACCAAGAGAACAAGGAGACCUCUGCAAACUCAUCUUCCAAAGCCAAAAUUCGAGCUCAAGCCAUAGGGUUCCAAGAAGGAAGAUUAAAGAAGGAAAAAGCUAGGAAAAAGUGUGAAAAUUAAGGAACUUGUGAAAGGUAUUUCAAGUGAUUUCACAAAGUUGGAAAAGUCGCCGGAGUUGUCGCCGGAGUUGGCCAAAAGUCGCCGGAGUUCCACCGGAGUUCAACCAAGAAGGGUAGAACUUCAUAACGCUAGUUCAAGGUUGAAGCUAGGGCUUGCUACCUGCACCUUUCUACGGGUGACAUCAAAUCAAGGAAGACGUGAAAUGGAGGGCAGGCGAAUGCGGACCAGGAACAAUCCGAGGGGGCAGGCGCCGGUAACAUCCCAAAGGGGAAGCCGGGCUGCAUCUCGGGGUUCAAGAGGAGGCCGUGGAGGCCGUGGAAGCCGUGGAGGUCAUCAAGCUCAAACUGUGAGUGAUGGCCAUGUUGAAGCUAGGGCUUGCUACCUGCACCUUUCUACGGGUGACAUCAAAUCAAGGAAGACGUGUGCAAAUGAACCGCGACUCAAAAAGGCGAAGAGCAGAUAUGUAUAUGGCGUAAAAAAAAAAGCAGGAGAGCAAAAUGACCGACACAUGCUGCUGGGUUUUUAGAAGGUUAAUUUGGUAAAUUUGA